UCUGAUGGAGAAUCCAGCCCAUGUCCUGCAGGCGUGGGGUGGAGCAGAGCUGUACAGACACGUCUUCUCCUCUAAUACUUUGGUAAAGCUGGCUGUGGAACAUGGCUCCAGAAGCGCCGGUCCUCCUGGCUGCCGUGAGCCUUCUGUCUGCCUUCCAUAUGGGGUACCUGGCCCGCAGAGUGGGAUGGUCCAGGAUGGCUCAUAAAAUCAUGCCCCCUGCCGUGUCGGGUCCUCCGGAGUUUGAACGGACUUUUCGUGCUCAUCAGAACUGUGUGGAGUUCUACCCCUUGUUCCUGGUCACACUCUGGACCUGCGGGAUUUUCUUCAACGAGGCGGCAGCUGCAGGAACAGGUCUGCUCUAUAUGGUGGCCCGGCAGAUCUACUUCAACGGCUACAUCAAGUCCACCAGGAAAAGGUUACCGGGCUUCUAUCUGACCCUGGCCGCACUCUUCACGCUGUCCCUUCUGGCUCUGACUGGAGUGGCAGCCAGGAUACUGGACCAGUACUUCCACAUGAAUGGAGGAGGACUGCAAAGCCUGCUGUGAUGCCCGGUCCGGCCUGACUCUGCCGGGCCCGGUCUGACCCAUCCCGGGUUCUCCUCGUGGAUAAAGUGUUUGGGUAUUAAUGGUCAUUCUAAGACGCUUCAGCGUUUCUCCAAACAUCAGCUGAGGUGGCUGUAAAUGUGCUCUAAAAAUAAAAGUGGAUGUUUUUGGCU